AUGGAUGACUACUAUUUUAACACUUUGUAUGGUUCUGCUUAUUAUAAGGACUUUAAUGAUGACUUCUAUUUGAUAUAACCUUAUUAGUUGAUUUCGGCAGCUAUGGGAAUCUCUAUUUUUUAUUUUAGCUUUACUAUUAUGAUUUGUGAGGCUCCUUUGUCUAGAGCUGAUGAAAAUGGGGAAAUUACACCUAUUAAUUACUAUAAUUACUCAAAUUGUAUUUGGAAUAUUAUUGUUACUAUGACUACUGUGGGAUAUGGGGAUUUGUUCCCAAGAACCCCUUUGGGAAGAUUUUUUAUUGUUAUAGUUUGUAUUUGGGGUGUAUUUAUUGUUUCUAUGAUGGUAUUGACACUUACAGUUACUUUGGAUACUAGUUCUAUGGAAAAUAAAUCUAUUGUGGUUUUGUAAAGACUAAAGUUAAGGAAAGAAAUUUAAAUUGAACUUGAAUAAAAUUAGACUAACUAAAAUUGGAUAAGUGAAAAAUAAGAAAAUAUAAUAAAUUAAUUAGAUUUAACUAAACAUAAUGAUAUUCACAAUAAUACUUUUAAUAACAAUCAAGAAAGUAUUAUGGAAUGUAAAUAAAAAAUUGAAGAAAAUAAUGAAAGUUUAAUGGACAAUAAAAUCAAUACUACCAUAGAAAAUACAAAAAAUAAUGCCUUUUUAAUAAAAAAUGAUGAUAAGGUUUAUAGAAUAAUUAUAGACAGUAAAAUAGAUUCUUCUUUAAGUGCAUGA